AUGACCCUUCUUCAUCCUUCCCACAAAAAGUCGGUUGCCUCCGGUAUUCGCCUCGCGCCUUCCAUAGAAAGAGCACAGGUAGUGGACAUAGAACAUCGUCCAGGCCAUCAGACUUGGUACAGUAUUCAGGUCGUCCCUCAGAAAAUCACUGUUCGGUCUACUCCCGGUUGUGCCGAUUCCACAACCCGUAGUACAUACAUAAUCACUCGUCGUUACGAAGACUUUCGUCAAUUCGUCCAACGACUUUAUCAAGAGAUUGGUGUCGAACGUACCCUUAUCGCGACUAUCUUACCAGCUCGCUUCCAAACUCCUCUUCCUGCAAAAACUUGUUUUGUAAAACCAGCCACUCUCCCAAAACUUAAACGACGAAUUCAAUGGCUCCCCAACAAAUACACACCAGAAGACCGUCGAAUUGAACUAAAUGCAUUUCUUGUCAGUCUCUUUACUCUCCCACCGUCAAUGACCCAUUCUCUUGCUGAGAUUCAACAGCAGCAGGAGAUCCUCAAUCGAUCAUCUUUUGUACAAAAACGUAGUCGACUUCGAUCUCACACAGUAUCCAUGCGGCGAAACACUCUCCGCCAUUCCGUCCUCUGUCGAUCCCUGUCGCAGCCUGAUCUCCGCUAUGUCUGGUUGCCAUCUUCUCGUCUAAGCACUCGAGUUCCGUCUCCACAAUCCACCUCUUUACCAGAUCCUCCUCGCCCAGUCUUGACUUCGGUUGCACGCUGGCGUACUCUCGGCGCCCGCUCCUUCCGAAAGAAAUCCCCCCCUAGUCUCUUGUCAUUUUACACAAAUGCAACCCUGAGUCUGCCUUGGUCUACUCGUGAUCACACCCUUUUGUUGGAAAAUUCUCACUAUGCUAACCACGACUUUGCUGAUGAUGCCACCGAUAUUGACCCCGAUAUUGACCUUAAUGUGAGCAUUGACAUACAUGUCGCUCCUCCUACAUCGAAAGAGACAUCAGCUGAAAUGUCUACAUCAAGCAACAAUAAUGUCGAAAUAGAAGCAAAUACUUCAGAAAAUUUAAUGGCUCCAAAGACACCUGUAAACACAUUUCUUCGGCUCAAGGUUAUUCGUGAUUUGGAUAAUAUUGUAGUAAUUCAGGUCCAAAGAUACACUUCUUUAGCUACAGUCAGAGAAAGAAUUGUGCAAAAGCUUCUGACUAGUGAUGGAGUAUGGGAAGACGAUGAUUGGGUGUUGGUCUAUAAUCAUGAUCGAUCUUCGGCUUCGAGUUAUUUUGACAAAAAUAUUGGCAAAAGGCUCACCUGGGUAGUAACCGAGAAUGAUUGGCAACUGGCAAUGGCCACUCUUUGGAACAAUAUGGAUAAAGUUACCUUGCGAUGUAUACAUGGACAGAAACUUUGA